UUGAUUGGAUAGGUGUGGCAUGUGACUUUACAGCUGAUUUCCUGGCCGUGUUUACGGGGUGAAGCAGAGCUGCACAUGGCGCAUUCUGUAUCGGAAAGUAUGGAACAAAUUGGUCCUAUUCGAGUGGAACACGACCGGAAUAGAAGGCAGUUCUCUGUGCGCCUCAACGGGUGUCAUGACAGAGCAGUGUUGCUUUAUGAAUAUGUAGGGAAGAAGACUGUUGAUUUGCAACACACAGAGGUUCCUGAUGCUUUUCGAGGGAGAGGGAUUGCAAAACACCUUGCUAAGGCUGCUAUGGACUUUGUGGUCGAGCAGGAUUUGAAGGCUCAUCUCACCUGUUGGUAUAUCCAAAAAUAUGUAAAGGAAAAUCCACUCCCUCAAUACCUGGAACGUUUACAGUCUUAACCUUGGCUUUCCUGAUUUUAUGAUUCAAAAACAAUCAAGACUAACCCAAAGCACAGCUGGUGGAGUGAAGAGAAAGCUGGGUGCUAUUUAUACAGCAAGAUUACUGUUGUACGUGAAAGCAUACACAAGGACAAACAGCACCCUUAAUGUACACUGAUUUGGGGUGGAUACUGACUGUUUUGAUUCUUCUGUAAAACUGGAUGAAUCAUUUAUCGGGUGCUUCACUGUGUCUCAGCUCCAAAUAUGAGAUAUUGAUUCUUAGAGUUUCUGUUCCUGGGGCAAUUUAUGUGCAGGAUGGGACAGGGACCCUUGUUUUAUUUUUAAGCAGGACCUGCUGUUCAUUGGAGGAAGAAAAUGUUUUGAGCUGGUUAUUGUGAAAAUAGAGGUCAGGUUUAGUUUUGGCUGCCAACUCUAGAUUAGGAAUUAUCAUUAAUACUUAGAAAUGUUUUCUGCAGCAGCAAUGUGCCUAGGAUCUAAAUAAUCUAACCAAUACAAUACUAUGUGUACUCACUUCUAGAAUGGCUUGACUCAAACUACUGUAAUACAGUUUUCUGAAACAAUACCGAUCCAAUAGUAGAUUAAUAUUAAACAUUUUUUUUCAUUCUACCACUGUUCUUUUUUUCUGUCCACAUCUGUUGCUUAAGAAACGGUAAGAUUUGAAGUAUUAACAGAGAAAAUAUAACAGUCUUUAACUCUCUGACAUGUGCAGUAGCUCAACAACUUAUUACAUUAGAUUUAUUUAUAGAAUGCCAGCAGAUUCCAUAGCGCUGUUACAAUAAGAGGCACUACAGUGGAUCACAUACAUUAACACAAACUGGUAAAAAUGGGGGAAAAAGGGCUCUGCUGUGUCAAGUGUACAAUCUAGUCAAAACCGCUACAAAAAAUAUCAAGUUGAUCCAAUUCCUGGCAUCUGUGGUCUUCCUGUUUACGGAUGGCUGCUUGUCUCUGUAGGCAGUCUAUCAUUGAAAUCUAGUCUUCACAUGGUUAGUAAAAUUAUUCAUGUGUAAGGCUGUAGCAUGAAUUUAACUUUAACCUGAACUGUGCAGAGUAAUAAUUACUCUACCAGAAUAUAUGGUUUGGAUGCCUUUUUUGACAAGUCGAAUGACUUGGAAUAAAAUGGAAAUUCUCUUAUACCUUUACCAGCCUGAUGCAGGAUAUUAGAUUGUUGUUCAGAAUUUCUUGGCAGUGAAUUUGUCCUACGCAUGUUUAAAGAAAAGAAAAAAAAAAGUGUAAUGGCUGUUUUUUAUUUUACUUUGUUUACCUAGCCAUCUUAAAUUAUAUGAUCAUAUUAUGCCAUAUUUGUAAAAUGGUGAUACUGCUUUCAUUUUCUAGAUCUUGUAUAAAAGGCAGAGUGUCCAUUAUACAAGCUGGAGGGAUCCAGGUUUCAUUGGUGUUUAACACAUUAAAAAAAAAUACUUGGUUUAUAUGACUUUUUAGAUAACAGCAUUUCUUGACAAUGAUUCUG